GGAGGGAGACAGACGGGCGCCUCACCCGCCAACCCACCGACCAUGAGGCCGGCGGCCUGGGCUGGGGACGCGGCCGCGAGCAGCGGGACGGAGGCGGCGCCCUGAGAAGCGGCCUGGCCAGGCAGGCGGAGGGAGACGCAGGAAGGCCCAGCCGAGCCAUGGACAACCAGUGUACGGUCCAGGUGAAGUUGGAGCUGGGGCAUCGUGCCCAGCUGCGAAAGAAGCCCACUACCGAGGGCUUCACCCACGACUGGAUGGUCUUCGUGCGUGGACCUGAGCAGUUCGAGAUCCAGCACUUUGUGGAGAAAGUGGUCUUUCGGCUACAUCAGAGCUUCCCAAAACCAAAACGUGUCUGCAAAGAGCCCCCGUACAAAGUGGAGGAGUCUGGCUAUGCCGGCUUCAUCAUGCCCAUUGAAGUCCACUUCAAAAACAAGGAGGAACCCAGGAGAGUUUGCUUCACGUACGACCUCUUUCUGAACCUGGAGGGGAACCCGCCCGUCAACCACCUGCGCUGCGAGAAACUGACUUUCAACAACCCGACGAAGGAAUUCCGACGCAAGCUGAUCAGGGCUGGAGGAGUCAUGGUGAUGCCAGAAGGAGCAGAAACCGUGUCCCGACCCAGUCCUGACUACCCCAUGCUACCUACCAUACCGCUGUCGGCUUUCUCGGAUCCCAAGAAGACCAAACAGUCCCAUGGGUCAAAGGAGGCAGGCAAAGACGGGAGCAAGGCUUCCAAGCCGCACAAAGUGACCCGGGAACACCGUGAGAGGCCCCGGAAGGAUUCGGAGAGCAAAACCUCCUCCAAAGACCUUGAGAGGGAGCCUGGCAAGCCCCCCAAGGACUCCUCGAGGAAAGCGGCCGAGAACAAGGCGCCCAAGGAGGAGAAGCCCCUCCCCAAAGCGGCCUUCAAGGAGCCCAAGCUGGCCCUGAAGGAGCCCAAGCUGGAGAAUGCGUCGCCCAAGGGGGGGCCCCCGCAGGCCGAGCUGAAGCCGUCCAGCAAGAGGCCCUCGGCCGUGGAGUCGCCGAAGCCCAGUGCCAAAAAGCCGAAGAAGAGCAGCUCCAAAGGGGCCAAGACCGUCCCGGCCACCUCGCCCCGCACCUCGUCUUACGCCGAGAAGCGGCCGCCCAAGGAGAAGUCCAGCGCCAAAGCGGAGAAGGUGAAGGCAGAGAGCGAGCCCAAGGCCAUCAAAAAGCCUGUAGAGGUGGCCGUGGCAGCGGAGGAGUCCAAUUCCGAGGACGAAGCUUCUCUGAAAUCGGAGGGGGUGAAGUCCGCCGCGUCCAGCCCUUCGAAUUCCAGCUCCGGCUCGGACUCCAGCUCCGACUCUGAUUUCGAGCCGUCUCAGAACCACAGCCAAGGGCCACUACGAUCCAUGGUGGAGGACCUCCAGUCUGAAGAAUCGGACGAUGACGACAGCUCUUCAGGUGAAGAGACCACUGUCAAAGCGACCCCUGUCAACAGAGAUGCCAGACUCAGCCACAGCGAUAGUGACAGCGAUAACAGCGCAGAUUCCUGCUUGCCGAGCCGUGAACCUCCUCCCAGCCAGAAACUCCCCCCUUCGAGCAAUAAGGUUUCCGGGAGAAAGAGCCCAGAGUCCUGCAGCAAGCCAGAAAAGAUCCUCAAGAAAGGGACCUACGACAAGGCCUACACCGAUGAGUUAGUGGAACUUCACCGGAGGCUGAUGGCGCUACGAGAACGGAACGUACUACAGCAGAUCGUCAACCUCAUCGAGGAGACGGGGCACUUCAAUGUCACUAACACGACCUUUGACUUUGAUCUCUUCUCCCUGGACGAGACCACAGUCCGCAAGCUGCAGAGUUACCUGGAAGCCGUGGCCACGUGACCCGUGGCCUCCGGAAUCCCAGCGGGACGCUUUUUGGAAAAAAACCAAGACCUCCCCGUCUCUUCGGUACCAGGAAACCCAACCCGUGGGCCUCGGUCACCGCCUUAUCCUCCUCGAUUCACCUGAAGCACUGCCUUAGAGAACAGCCGCGCUCUAGGAACCCGCCGCGCUUUCUUUCCGAGCUUCAGCCGAGCCACCGCCCAGCCUGCCUGCCUUCGCUUCGGCAGCUCCCUCCGGUCUGAUAGAGUGAAGCUGUGUUGGCCCUAAGCUGUGCCAUGGUGCGCUCGCCACCCCCCCCCCCCCCCAGCCUUUUUUAAAAGAAAAACUUUUGGAAAGAGACUCCACGUGCGUGUGUCUUUGUCUUCUGAGAAUGCACUUUUGAGGCUGCUUUCUCAGCCAAGUCGAGCCACGCUCCUUUGUUUCCGCCAGACCUACAGACUGCGAAAGAUGCUUGCAGCGUACCGAGGUGGGCCCCUGUGCCCGUGGUUUUGACGUGGGGCAGAGAGCUGUCGGAUCCGUACGGUGUUCUCAGACCUUCCAGAGGGGGCAGCCCGGACUUCUCCGGCAAGUGGACUGACAAAAUUUGCUCUUGCGUGCGCUGAGGCAGCCGCCCACACCUUGCAGCCUGCCAUCCUUGCUUGCUUUAGACGCAGCGCUGGAUCCAGUCCCCUCAAGGAGAGCCUCUCCCUUCUGCACCCAGUUUGUUUUUUUUUAUACGCUUUAUCUGUAAGGACUAUGUUCAUUGUAUGCUAUUUUAUAUAUAUAUUAUAUAUAUGUAUGGUGUAAAAAAGGGCCUAAUUUGGGUCUUAAAUGGCUUCAAAGGGUGUGUGGAGAGGUUGGGAGGAAGGGUUGAAUCUUCUUUUUUAAAAGGGGGGGGGUGAGAUUUGACCUGUUUGUUAAAACUCCUCUGAGUGGGACAGUUUCUAGCAUCUGGAAGCCAGGCAGGUAUGUAACGAAGCCUUCUGUUUUGUGCUCUGGAAGGAGCCGAUGGGUGUUGCUUUUAUUAUUAUUUUUUUUCCUCCAACCAUCAGUGUUUGCAGAUCUUUUUUGCCAAAACGCGUUGGCCCUCGUGGCUCUUCUGU